AAAACUCCCUUUUAGCAUUACUCAGCUCUGGUCUCCAGGAGAGACUGAACCACAGAAGACUCACACUGACUGGAUACCCGGACUUCAUAGAGAGACAGAAAUGGAGGAAGAAGGAAUACGAGAAUAUGAGAAAGGACACAUUAAAAAGCUGCAAGAGCAGCGCAUGGCUAUGCAAAAGAAAACCUUCACCAACUGGAUGAACAAUAUCUACAGACAGAAUAAUUGUGAACCCCCAUUACAGAUAUAUACACAGAGCUGUAUGAUGGCUUGUACCUGCUUCGACUCUUGGGAUAUAUUUCAGGAGAACAACUACCUAAACCAGCACGAGGGAGGAUGAGGGUUCAUUUUCUUGAAAACAACAGCAAAGCUCUUGCCUUCCUGAAGUCCAAGGUCCCUGUGAAGCUUAUUGGUCCAGAAAAUAUCGUAGAUGGAGAUCGGACAUUAAUUUUAGGACUGAUUUGGAUUAUUAUUCUGCGAUUCCAGAUUGCUUCCAUCACAUUGGAUAAGGAUGAGUUUGGUGCAACUGCAGCUCAAGCAUCGGCCAAAGAAGCUCUUCUUAUAUGGUGUCAAAUUAAAACAGCCCCGUACUCCAAUGUGGAUGUGCAGGAUUUCUCCACGAGCUGGCGUGAUGGUCUUGCAUUCAAUGCUCUCAUUCAUGCUCACAGGCCUGACCUUAUAGAUUACGGCUCUCUAAGGCCAACCAAGCCAAUGUACAACUUGAAUAAUGCCUUUGACGUGGCAGAAACAAAACUGGGUAUCUCCAAGCUCCUGGAUGCUGAAGAUGUGGCGAUCCCACACCCAGAUGAGAAGUCCAUCAUGACAUACGUGUCUCUAUAUUACCAUUACUUUUCCAAGAUGAAGCAAGGGAAGACAGUCCAGAAAAGGGUUGGCAAUACCCUGUCCUUGGUUUUCGAUAUGAAAAAUCUAAAGACCCAGUAUGAAACAAUGACAUCUGAUUUGAUAGAAUGGAUAAAACGGAAGGUGGUAGAGAUGAACGAUCGUCACUUCCCUAAUAACAUAAACGGAAUGCUACAACUCAUGGCAAACUUUAAAAACUACCGCAUGGUGGAAAAACCUCCAAAAUACCAAGAGAAAGGCUUGAUCGAGGUCCAUUUUUUCAGCAUCCGAACAAAAUUACAGGGCAACAACUUACGGCCUUAUUUCCCAGCUGAUGGAUUUUCACUGAGUGAUUUGGAGAAGCAUUGGACCAUUCUGGAGAAAGCAGAGUAUGGACGGGACAAGGCCCUGCAGGCAGAGUUGAUGAGACUGGAAAAGUUGGAACAGCUGGCUCAGAUUUUUCACAAGAAGGCCCUCCUGAGAAAAACCUACCUUCAGGAAAUGGCACAAGUCAUUGAGCGUCAAGAUUUCAAGCCUAACACUCUUUCCCAAGUGGAAGCUGCCACCAAAAAACUUGAGGCUAUUGAAGCUGACGUGUUACCACGAGAACAACGCUUCAAAUGGCUUACAGAGAUUUCUGAUGUUUUACAGAGAGAGAAUUACCACAAAAUUGAAGAGAUAUAUGUGAAACAACGGGAGUUAUCACGGGGAUGGCUGGAGCUCCUUAAAGUAAUACAAACUCACAAAGAUCCCUUGGGAGACAAGUUCUUAAUACUGGUCCUCUUAAGGGACAUCGAUAGUGCUGUUGAUGAGCUGAAAGCUAUGCAGGAACUGGUUGGCUCGAAGGAGAUUGGGAAGCAACUCCCCGAAGUGGAAUAUUUUGUUCAGGAGCACAAUCUAAUUGAGUCCCAAAUUCUGUCUUAUGGGGAGACUGUUAAAAACAUUUUGGACAGAGCAGAAAAAAUACACAAAAGUAAAUCAGGAAACACAGACGUCCUACAGGCAAAAAUGAAUAACUUGCGUCAGCUGUACCAAACGCUGGUGUCCCUUAGCAAGUCUCGGCGCACACGGCUGGAGGAGACAUUGAAGCUGUACCAGUUCUUUAGAGAUUGUGGAGAGGAAGAUUCCUGGAUCAACGAGAAGUGGCAAGUAAUGAGACUGGCUGACCCGGGCACAGAUCUGAGUCAUAUCACCUCCUCUAUAGCCAAGCAAAAGGCUUUAGAAGCAGAGAUAUAUUCUCAUCAACCCAUUCUGGCUAAGGUAAUAAGGAAUGGGAAGGAACUGUGCCAGCUGAGCCACACAGACCAGAAAACCAUUCAACAAAUGAUGGACCAUCUCCAGAAGCAGUGGCUGGAGCUGCAGGAUGAAGUAAAAAGAAGUAAGGUCCGCUUGGAGAUGGCAGCUCUGAUCAAACAGUAUUUUGCUGAUGCUAAUGAAGCAGAUUCGUGGCUAAGAGAACACUUUGCUCUCCUGAGCAAUGAGGACUAUGGCAAAGAUGAGUCCAGUGCUGAGGCAAUACUACAGAGACACCUACGGCUUGAGAAGGAAAUUGCAGCCUAUGGAAUGGAAGUGCGACGGCUUGGAGACCAGGCUGGGACAGUAGCAAGCAAAGCACCACUGAUUCAGCAAGAAAAGAAACCUGUGAUUGCCAUGGUAACCCAGGAAAGGAGUCGGCCACAGAAAAGGUCAUUUACUCAUAGUGAACCUGAGGAGUCCAGACAAGAUCCCCAGAGGACUCAGGAGAACAUAAGGACAACACAGGAGCAAAUAGAAUCUUCUUAUGACAACAUUCAGCAAUUUGCCAAGAAAAGAAGGAAAGCUUUGGAAGAAAUAAUCCAGCUGUAUCAGUUUUAUAGCUCCUGUGGGGAGUUUCAGUCUUGGAUGAAUGACAAGGAGAAGCUUUUUAAGAAUUUUCAGCCAAAUCCUGAUAAUGUAGAGGUCAUGCAACAGAAAUAUGAGAACUUUCUAACUGAUCUCGCAGCUGGAAAAGGUCGCCUAGAUGAGAUCAACAGCAUGGCUGACAAGUUGGCCAAGAGCGCCCCUGACAAGAAGAAGGAAAUUCAAGACCAACAAAAAAAUAUCAGCAAUAGCUGGAAUCGUCUUGAAGUGCUGAAAGAAGAAAAAGGGGCUGAGCUUAUAGGACUGGCCGAUGUAAAGACUUUUAUGCAGAACUGUCAGAAUAUUGAAGCUCUUUUACAGGAAAAACUGAAGGAAUUGGAGAAUUCAGAGCCAUCCGGGAAUGUAGACUCAGAAGAACGUCAGCUAAAAGCCCAUGAGAGAGACAUAGAAGCACUAGAGAGAAAAAUUGCCUAUCUAAAGAGCAUGGAAGAGUCAAUGAGAGAUACAAACCCACAGGAGAGUUUAGCCAUCAGAAAGCAGAUUGAACAAAUGGAAAAGCUUCUUGCAAAGCUUAAAGGCGAAGCUCAGGAGAAAAAGAAUCAAGUGCAAAAGGCGAAAGACAAGAAGAUCUUCCUACAGGACAGUCACAGGCAGAUGCUGUGGGUUCAGGAUAUGAAAGAGACACUAAAGAGCAAGGAGAUGGGCACUGAUGUAGCAUCUGCAGAGCAGCUACUCCGAGACCAUCAAUACCUUCUCAGAGAAAUUCAAGGCCAGAAGGACAGAAUUAUUGAACUGCAGCAGAUGGGCCAGGCUGUACUACAGUCCAGUAGAAGCCCAGAAGUACAGGAUUCCUUGGUAAACCUCAUUCAGGAGUACAAUACCCUAAGUGAUCUAUGGGUAGAGCGGAAAACCAAACUUGAACAGGGACUGGAGUUGCAGCAGUUUUUGAAAGAAGCUGAUAGUGUUAAUGCAGCACUUUCCAGCCACGAAGCCUUCCUGCGGGUGGAUGACCUGGGGGAUCAGCUGGAUACAGUGCAGAGCCUUCUGAACAGGCACAAGCAGUUUCAAAAAGUCCUGGAUGCCCUGAAAAAAAGAGUGGAUGGUCUUAGAACAAACGGAGAAACCCUGGUGAAGAAUGAUCAUUUUGCCACUGAUUUGAUAAAUCAGAGGAUAUUAGACACACAGAAGAGGUUUGAUAAUUUGGAUGACAGAAGUGAAGAAAGACAAAAACGCCUGUUGGAUUCAUUAGGACUUCAGGAGUUUAAUCGAGAUGCCACAGAGCUGUUGGUGUGGAUGGAGGAGAAGUACAAGAUUGCAUUAGAUGAGUCAUAUCGGGAUCCAAAUAAUAUCCUUCGUAAGCUGAAAUGGCACGAGGCUGCAGAACGAGAGAUGGAGGCCAACCAAGUGCGAUUUGAAGAUUUAGUGAAGGUUGGAAAGAAACUAAUAAAAGAAGAUCAUUAUGCAAAAAAUUCCAUCCAGAAUAAGAUGUCUGAAGUCAUUGGGAAAUGGGAGGAGUUAAAGAAAAAGAUGUCCGAGAGAGGGGACAAGCUGAGACAGGCUGGGCAGCAGGAGCAGCUAAUGGAGCUGCUACAGGAUGCCAAAAUAAAGAUUGAGAAGAUAGAGAAGGUUCUGCAAACCCCAGAGUCAGUCCAUGAUCUGAGAAGCAGCCGAGACCUUCUCAAAGAACACCGUCAGCUGGAAAAUGAGAGCAAGGAGUUGGCUGACAAAAUGAACUCCAUCGUCUCCCGAGCUCAGAAGAUGGCCACCAACCAUUUCAACUCAAAAGGGAUCAUGGAUGAAACCAUGAAGUAUCUGCGAAGGUUUGAGUCUCUCCAGGAGCCACUGGCCAAGAGAGGAGAAUUUCUGCAAGCUAAAGUGAACCAAUAUGAGUUUUAUCAUUACUUUGAUCUUGAAAUGACAUGGAUUGCUGAAAAGAUGCCUGUUGCCAGCUCUACAAAUGUUGGAAAGUCCUUGGAUGCAGCUCAAAGCUUGCUUCAGAAACAUAAGGAGUUACAAGCAGAAAUAAAUGCUCACACCCAACAGCUGCACAAAGUUUUGGAAAUGGGCAAAUCUCUUAUUGCAAGCCAUCACCCGGAAUCUCGCAAUAUAACGGAGAAAAAUAAGCAGCUACAAGCUGCCUGGUCAGAGCUGGAGGAGGCCUGUGAGAAACGCACAAGACACCUGCAAGGAUCAGUCAGUUUUCAUCAGUUCCUUCUGGAUGUGUCAGACAUGGAUAGCUGGAUUGCAGAAAAACUUCCUCUGGUUAACAGUAAGGAUUAUGGAAAAGACGAGGAUGGUACCCUAAAACUCAUGAAAAGGCACAAGGACAUACAGCAAGAAUUUGAGCUAUACCAAAAGCUGGCAGCCGAUUUGGGUCGCUCAGGUCAAAGCCUCCCUGUCACUGUUGCUCAAGACGAGGUUGAUGCUCCACUGCAAAAGAUCCAUUCAAAGAUGGAAAAUUUACAGGAUAAUGCCAAUGUGAGAUGGGGAAAACUGGAAGAGACUUUGGCUUUGCACGAAUAUCUAAGAGAGUCCGGGGACCUGCAAAUAUGGAUCAACCAGCAGAGACAAGUGGCCAGCUCUGAGGACUAUGGAAAUGAUUAUGAGCAUGUUCUGCAUCUUCUGGCCAAGUUUGACACCUUCCAGCACCAGAUGGAAUCAGCUGGUAAGAGGGUGUCUGGGUGCCAGCAACUUGCCAACCGUCUGCUUGACCAAGGACAUUCAGAAUCAAUGCAAAUUGUGCAAAAGCAGAAAGAGCUAAGAGCCUCAUGGGAAGAUCUUCAGCAGCUCACCAAAGAAAGAGGAAGACGUCUUAGGGAUGCUGAAGCUAUUCAUAAAUGUUUUUGGGAUCUAAAAGAAGCCCUCACUCAAGCUGAGGAAAAAUCCAAAAGCAUUCCGGAUGACAUUGCCAAAGACCUUAGCGGAGUGCAGUCCCAGCUGCGUAAACAGAAGGCCCUGGAACAUGAGUUGUCUGGGAAUGAGCAGCAGCUACAAGAGGUCAUUGAUGCAGCUGAUGAAGCUCUACCCAAGUGUUCCAGAGACCAGAUUAAGUCUUUACAGCAAAAGCAGCAGGAGGUGGUGGAAAGAUGGGAACUGACCAAGAACAAAGUGGAGAAAAGAAGGAGUGACCUGGAACAAGCUUGUAAACUAUAUUUCUUCUUGGCUGCUGUACGUGACUACUUCUCCUGGGCAGCAGAGAUAACCCGAGAGAUGCAGGCCGAAGAGACCAUACGUGGUGUUUUGGCUAGUAGUGAAAAGCUGAAAGCCCACCAAGAUAUGAAGCAAAAUAUAGAUGCUCAUCAGGAAACCUACAACAGGACAGUGUCCAUUGGCCAAUCCCUACUCCAAGAGGGCAAAAUUCCUUCCAUACAGAUCAAUGACAAACUUCAAGCUCUCGUAGAAGAAAAUAAGACACUUUACAAGCAAUGGGAACUGAAGAGAAAGUUGCUGGAGCAAGUGCACCAAGAACAAGUCUUCUACAGAGACAUUGGGAACAUGGAGAAGAUCCUGAAUGCACAGGAGGCCACUCUAAAGUCUGGUGAUCUUGGGGCCACUGCUGGAGAAAUAGAACAGCUGAUCAAAAAACAUGAAGCCUUUGAAAAGCUUCUCUAUUCCCAGGAUGAAAAGGUGGCAUUGCUGCAAGAACAAGCAGACAGAAUUCAAGAAGUGAGUAGAAAAGAGGAAGGAAGACAGGUGCAGCACAAACUGAAAUCUGUCAUAGAUCGGAGGGACAAGGUGAAGCAACUUAGCAAGGUCCGUCGGGAAGAUUUGCAGACCGCAUUCCUGCUCGCUACCUUCUACCAGAACUUCACAGAGGCACAGUACUGGAUUAAUGAACGCAUGCAGAAGCUGGAUGAUGAAGCCUACCAGGGGUCUCAAGACCUGCAAAGUAAACUGAAACUGCUGCAAAAACAUCAGGUGUUUGAGGCUGAGAUCCUGGCUCAUGAAACAAACAUUCAAACUGUUAUUCAGACAGGGAACUCACUGCUGACUUCUCAACACCCAAAGUAUUCUGAUAUACAUAGAAAAAGUCAUAUGCUCCAGGAUGAAUGGGAAAAACUGAAGAAAGCAGUAGCUGCUCGUGGCAAAAUGCUGGAAGACAAGAGGGACCUGCUAGAGUUCCUGCAGAAGGUGGACCAGGUGGAGGCCUGGAUCCGAGAGAAGGAGGUGAUGAUUAAUGUUGGAGAUCUUGGAGAAGACUAUGAACACUGUCUGCAACUUACAAGGAAAUUGAAUGAAUUUCGUGGAGCUGGAUCUGGGCAAGAGACAGUGGAUGAUGCCCACAUAAAAGCUAUUAAUGCUUUGGCCACCAAGAUGGAGAAACAAAACCAGGAAGAAGUGAAGACCAUAUCUCAGAGGAAGAAACAGCUGAAUGACAAAUGGAAUAGUUUCCACGGUGACCUAAAUAAAUAUCGCAAGGCAUUAGAAGGAGCCCUGGAGAUUCACGCCUUGAUCCGUGAAAUUGAUGACAUUAACGAAAGAAUGAGUGAAAAGAGUGUGCUCAUGCAGGCCUUGGACUGUGGAAAGGAUGUAGAGAGCAUCACCAACUUAAUACGGAGGCAUGAAGAAACUCUGCGGGAAAUCAAGGUCAUCCAGACACAGAAAGAGGCUCUGCAUCAAGAAGCCAAACGUCUGUCCCAUGGAAAUUCAUCAAUGAGCGAUCCCCUGACCUCAAAAGAGAAGGAGAUGACGGACAGCUGGCAAAAACUCCAGCUCCAGGCUAACCAGAGGAAAGAGAAAUUAGAUGCCUCUUACCAUCUGCAAAGGUUCAAUGCUGAUAUACGAGAGAUAAUGGACUGGGUGCAGAAGCUCCAGGCCCUGAUGGAAGGGGUUGCUUUGCCAAAAAAUGCUGGAGAUGUUGAAGCCAGGAUUGAAGAGCACCAGGAGAGAAAGGCAGAGAUCGAAGCAUGCACAGAGAGAGUCAAUGCAGUGAAGACCUCUGGACAAAAGCUGAGCAAUUCUGGCCAUUAUGCAGCUGAUGAAAUACGACUUACUCUUUCCAGUAUGGAAGAUUCUUGGGAUGAACUUAUUAAAUCCUGGAGAGGACAGAACCUCAAGCUGUGUCAGGCUCGUGACCUGCAGAAAUUUUUCAGUAUUGUCGAUCAAAGCGAGAAGUGGCUGAAUAGUAAAGAAGCGUUCUUAGCCAAUGAAGAUCUAGGGGACUCUGUGGCUAGUGUGGAAAGUCUUCAACACCAACAUGAAAAGUUUCAAAAGGCUCUUGAUGCCCAGAUGGAUAGGAUAGAUGAAAUGGAGUCUUUUGCUAGACAACUGCAAGACAACAGACAUUAUGACUCAGAGAAUAUUGCUAGCAAAUGCCGGUCAGUGCUGGAGAGGAAGAAGAAGCUUUUGAAUAUGUCAGAAGCCCGUAAGAAAAAGCUUGAAGAAUCUAGGGAACUUCAGACAUUCCUACGGAGCUCCUAUGAGGUGGGAGCAUGGAUGCUAGAAAAAAACGCCAUCGCCAUGGAUGACAGCUGGAAGGACCCCAGCAACUUGCAGACCAAGUUACAGAAGCAUCAGACAUUUGAGGCGGAGAUCAAAGCGAAUCGCAACAGGCUGGAUGCCAUCAAAGCUGAUGGAGAGAAGAUGUUGCAAGCUAAUCAUUAUGCAUCUGAGAUCAUUCAGCUAAGACUUGCUGAAAUGGAAGAGCUAUGGGAGGAACUUCAGGAAAUGUGUGAUGAAAAAGGACAGAAGCUCCAGGAUGCUUAUAAGGCACAGCAGUUUCAAAGAAGCAUAGAUGACUUGGAGAAGUGGUUAGACCAAGUGGAAGCCAAGCUGGACUCUACUAAUAAAACUAAAGAUCUAAUAACACUUGAGAAACUUGGAGAGCUUGAAGAGAGCAUCGCAAGCCAUGGAGAGAGACUGCAAGUCCUGGCAAAUAAGACUCGUGAAUUCCGACAAGCAGGACACUUCCUGGCAGAUGAAAUAGAAGACAGAGUUAGAAUUCUAGUUCACAGAUACAAAAGCCUUAAUGAGCCUCUACAGGAGUGCAGAGCAGCUCUGGAAAGCAAGAAGUUACUUGACCAAUUUUUCCAGGACAUCGAUGAUGAGCUGACAUGGAUACAAGAAAAGAUGCCUGUCGCCUCCUCCAAGGAGUGUGGACAGUCACUGGCUACAACACAAGCUUUACUGGAGAAGCACCAGAAUUUAGAAAAUGAGAUCAGCAGCCGUGAGGCUUUGACUAAAGCUGUGAUGGGCACUGGGCGCAAGCUGGUGAGAGGCAACCAUUUUGCCAGCAAAGAGAUUGAUGAACGGCUACAUCAGCUGGAAGUGGCUGUGGAAACAUUGAAAGCUGAAGCUGAACGUAGGAGAACAAGACUGACACAAGCCUGCGAAGUCCAGCAAUUUCUUACAGAGCUUUUGGAGGCCAAAGCAUGGAUCGCGGAGCGAGGCUUUAUCAUUAAUUCCCCUGACAGUGGCAAGAACGAGGAAUCCACACAAGCGCUACUUCGCAAGUUAGACACCACCAUCCGGGACCUGGAAGGUUUCUCUUCUAGAAUCGAGAAAUUAAGAGACACGGGCAGAAACUUACAAACUGACCACGACAACCCAGAAAGCUCCACAGUGAUCACAAAGCUGCAGUCACUCCUAGAGGAAUAUCGCUCCCUGCUGGAGAAGGCAGAACAGCGCAGGAGUCAGCUGCAGGAACAAUAUCAGCUCUUCCAGUAUUUGAAGGAAGCAGGUCUCAUAGAGACCUGGCUGGAUGGCAAGAAGACUAUUGCAGAGUCUGAUGAGUUUGGUCAAGAUCUAGAAGGCAUUAAGGCCCUGGAAAAGGGAUUUGAGAACUUUGUUAAGGAAGUAGAGACCCUGGGUAAGGGUAAAGUUCAGUCACUGAAUCAACUGACAUCAGGACUGCUGAAAGAGUCACACGGUCAAUCAGAAGAGAUCAAGAAGAAGGCAGAGGAGGUGAACAGAGCCUGGGAUGCCCUGUGCCGUGCAAUACAGAAUAGAGCUAAGACAUUGACAAAAGCUCACCAGGUGCAUCAAUUUCAUCACGAUGUUGAUGAAUUGAUAUGCUGGAUGCAGGAGAAGGAGGUCGCUGUGAAUACAGAUGAUUAUGGCUAUGACUUGCCUGGAGUGCAGACUCUGCUCAGCCAACAUGGUGGAAUUGAGAGAGAUCUGCAAGCCAUUAAAAAGGAAAUGGAACAAGUUACCAAUCUUGGCCAGCAUGUCAGUCAGAUUCAUCCACCAGUUCAGAAGAAUGUUUCAAAGAGACUGGAAGAAGUGACAAAGUCCUGGGAGAAUCUGGUUAAAAAAUCUCAGGAAAGGAGAGAGAGACUAAACCAAGCAGAACAAGUACAGCGGUAUUUCAGUGACUGCGGGGAGCUGAUAAUUUGGGGAAGAGAGAUGCAUGCUCUGUUGAUAUCAGAGGAACUGGCAAAUGAUGUGGCAGGCGCUGAACUACUAAUUAAACGCCAUGAAGAGUAUAAGAGAGAGAUUGACAAGCACUGGGUAAAAUAUGAGGACCUACAAAGAACAGGAAAGGCUUUGUUGGAGAAGCAUCACUUCAUGGCAAUGGAGAUUGGAGAAAAGGUUGAAGAGCUUUCGGAGCUGAUGGACCUGGUCUUUGACACCUGGAAGAGGAGGAGGGAAAUCUAUGAAGAAAAUCUUGAGAUCCAGUUGCUGUUUAGAGAUAUAGAACAAGCUGAUGGGUGGCUGAACUCUAGAGAACCAUAUCUUCUUGAUCAAAAUUAUGGGGAUUCUGUGGCCCACGUUGAAAAGCUGCUAAAGAAGCAGGAGGACUUUGAAAAGAUGCUUAUGGCACAUGGGGAAAAGUUUGAAAUGCUGAAGAAGAUAACAAAGCGAGAACAGAACUUGCAUCAUGGGCACAUCAACCUACAAGAAAAGGAACAGAAAAAAAUGGAGCCCUUCUUCCGCUUGCCUUCUCUAAAGAGGAAGCCUUCUGAGAGAAGAAUUUUCCCUCCAAAACAGUUUGAUAGGGGAAGUGCAAAGAGAUCUUCUCUGGAGCCGCCAAGUCCCCUGCAGUCAAAGCCAACAGAUAUUACUGGAACUUUCCCAAAUAUCUUUGAUUCCAAGGUCAACAAACCUGAAACAGUCAAGGAAUCUGAAACUGUUACAACCACAAAUCCUCUUGAUCUAAAAAUUCCUUCUUUGGACAUGACGGUCUUAACGUCUUCUGAGAAGACUUCUGAGAGAAGAAUUUUCACUCCAAAACACUUUGAUAGGGAAAGUGCAAAGAUAUCUUCUAUGGAGCCACUGAGUCCCAUGCAGUCAAAGCCAACAGACAUCGCCGGAACUUUUCCAAAUAUCUUUGAUUCCAAGGUCAACAAACUCGAAACCAAGGAACCUGAAGAAGUUACCACCGCAAAUCUUCUUGAUCUUAGGAUUCCUUCUUUGAACAUGACUGUCUUGACUUCUUCACAGCCACCAGAAAUAACCCCCCAGCAGCCCUCUACAGCAGCACCGACUUACCAGUUCUCCAAGGUGCCAGUCACAGAGACUUACCAGGCUGAUGGCCCAUUAAUUUCUUUAGAAGACACCAGCCAUCAGCCUAUAGGAAUAACCCAAAUUAAAUCAACUUAUGUACCCACAAAACACUCAGUGAAUACCCCUUUCUCAGAGAUUGCCCACAGCAUUGAUUUGGUAUGCGGAAUGACCAAUAAGAAGGUCACACCUUUGAUUGAAAUCAGGGAUGAACGUUCAAAUAUCCCAGUUCUGCCUACACCAGCUCCUGAAAUUAAUCCCGUCUCCAAUUUGGAGGUGAAGGCUCAGCCCCCAACGGAGCUUAAGCUGUACUCCCCAAGUGUACCUUUAAAAACACCCGAUUUGUCACCAAAAUCCCCUUUGACUCCCACAGUUAAUGGAUUCUUGGAGACCAAACAGAAAUUCCUGUCAGGUGGAAAGACAAACCCGGUCGGCUUCUGGAACACUUACUACAUUACAUUUCGUGAUCAGACGAUGAGCUUCUACCAUGCCAAGAAGGAUGAAUCCAAGAACGAAACUGCAGUUCCAUCUGUCAGCAUGGUUGAUGCCAUCUGUGAGAAGAUGAAGGAUUCAGCAGACAAAGUGAACAUGUUUUCUGUCAGGACCACUGAUGGCUCAGAAUACAUCUUUUCAGCUCCUACAGCAAGAAAGAUGGAUGUCUGGAUACAUGCAAUUGAGAGAAGGACAGAUGAACCUGAAGUGAAAAGGGAAGUAAAAGCCUAUACUCCAAUUCAUGAAAUCCCAAGGAGGACAUUGUCAUUGGAACCAGACACAAAUGGACACUCGUUUUCUGCCAGUAGAGUUUACAUCACUUCCGAAAGGAGCGACCUAGGAAAUCCCUACACCCCAAAUCUACUGGAGACAGAUGAUACCAAAGAGAAACACAAAAAAGAAAAAAAUGUUUUUAGGAAGUUUUUCAAGAAGUAAAUUGCAGUGUGGUGGGAGCACCUUUGCCAUGUAUUAUAUGUAAUGUCACACAAGCACCAUAGAUUGUAUGUGCUGCUGAAAUCUGGCGUACAACAAUGGCGGCAGAAUGGACAACUGUUGCCUAGAAAUAUCCAGCAACCAUUUUGCAUGUAAAACGUAUUGUUUCCAAGUUUCUGGAAAAAUUAGUAACACAAUUUCCCGCAAUAGGAAAACUGUAAGAGCACUUUUUGCGCUGCCUGCCAUGGCAGGCUUGAAAUUGACUUCCAUCCAAUUCAUUCAACCGGGCACACGGGCACCAUACUGAGAAUGUAAACUGAGCUGUGCAUCCUCAGCUCAUUGUACAUUCUACAGAGGAUUGCCAACUGGCAGGCGGGUUUAUUUUAUUGCAGAAGGGACAUAGCGUGUCUUUUCUGCAAUUAAGAGCCUGUCUGUACGUUUUUUUAUUUUUUUUUAUUUAACCUUUAGUUCUGCUUUAAGUGUAGUCACGCUGCUGAAGUCAGCCAAAUACAAGAUGGAUGCUGAUUGAUUGCUAUGGGUUACUAUGUGUAUGAAAUCUCUAUUGAAUAAGGUCAAUGAAAAGCGGAUUCAAAUCCAAAAAAUAGCCACCAGUUCUAAAAAUGUAACUUUCAUGUGGAGUGAAAUGUCCUAUUUUUGACAUUCCAUUGCAGCUCUGUCAUAAAGUGAUGGCCCUUUACAUUAUUACCUCCCUCUGUGAGUUGUGACUGCUUCAUAUACUGUACACCUUACUGAUAUAUACAUGAAUCUGUUGUAAGUUUUGCCAUUUGUCUGGCUCCAACAAACUCCUUUCCUAAUGCAUGUGGCCGCUGCCAGCGCUGUAUAACCACUUAACCCCCGGACCAUAUUGCUGGUCAAAGACCAGAGCACUUUUUGCGAUUCGGCACUGCGUCGCUUUA